CGGUCGAACUACAAGCCAUUUUGGGGACGGUGUCAGUUUCCACGGAGCACACGCACACACGUACACGGAGAGAGUGAGUGAGUGCUGCGUUCGGGCGACGCGGAUAUUUUGGAGGCAAAGUUAUCCGUGCCGAAGCGGAGGGCUGUCGGAACCGAAGCAGCAGGAUCUGGAUUUGUUGAAUUGGGAGACGCACGCACGGCGCAGGAGGAAACGAGGAGUUUUGCUUCUCUCUCUCUCUCUCUCUCUCUCUACCUCUCCCCCUCCUCCUCCCUCCCUCUCUCUCUCUCUCUCUCCCUCUCUCUUCUUGGCGCAUCUGAAAUGCGCUGCGCUUCGCCGUGCGCUCUCCGCCACUGACAGCGUCUGCAGCCCUGCUUCAAGAUGGCGGCUCAGCUUCUAUUCAUUUUCUGCUGAUCUGCCUCCCAACUUUCAUUGUCUCCGUCGCGUCGAGAGCCGUCGAUCGCCAGCCAAGCCUCCAGGACUGUAAUUUAUUUUUUUUGGUGGGGGUGGAGAAGUUCUGCCAACAUGCAUCGGACCACCAGGAUAAAGAUCACCGAGCUCAACCCUCACCUCAUAUGCGUCCUCUGUGGAGGAUACUUUAUAGACGCCACCACCAUCAUCGAAUGCCUCCACUCCUUCUGCAAAAUGUGCAUCGUGCGUUACCUGGAGACCAGCAAAUAUUGUCCCAUCUGUGACGUGCAAGUGCAUAAAACCAAACCUCUGCUCAACAUCAGAUCUGACAAAACUUUGCAGGACAUUGUGUACAAACUGGUCCCGGGCCUCUUCAAAAAUGAAAUGAAGAGGAGGAGAGACUUUUACGCAGAGCACCCCGUCGAUGCUUCCAACGGUUCACACGAGGAUCGAGGAGAGGUGGCGGACGAGGAUAAGAGAAUUAUCACAGACGACGAGAUUAUCAGUCUCUCCAUCGAGUUCUUUGAUCAGACCAGAUUCGUAGGUGGAGUGGAAGAGAAGCAGACUAAAGACCAGGCGGCUAACAAGAGGUACCUGCAGUGUCCGGCCGCCAUGACAGUCAUGCAUCUGAGGAAGUUUCUGCGCAGCAAGAUGGACAUCCCAAACACAUAUCAGGUUGAAGUCAUGUAUGAAGACGAGCCUCUCAAAGAUUACUACACAUUAAUGGAUAUUGCGUAUAUCUAUACUUGGAGAAGGAAUGGACCCUUACCCCUGAAGUACCGGGUCCGACCCAACUGUAAGAAAAUGAAGGUGAACCACGCCCAGCAGGAGGGUCCGAACAGCGCCAGCAGGUCCGGCCCGGAGAGCGACUCCGCCAGUGACAAAGCAGGGAGUCCCGCCGGGGCUCCGUCCACCUCCUCGUCGCUGCCGAGCCCCGGAACCCCCGCGCAGUCCCCUCCCCCUCAGCUCCCGCACGGCCCCGGCGGCAGCAGCAGUGUCGGCGGCGCCGUGAACGGGAGCCCGGCGGCGGCCGGAGCCCAGACCCCUGGCCGGCCCUUCACCCAGUUCGGCGGCGGCAAACCGCGGAAGGUCUCCCUGAACGGCUCGGCGACGUCGUCCGGAUGACGCGGGGCUCCGGAGCCGACCUGCUGCCACCGCCAGACUCCUGCUCCGCUCCGACAGCGUCCACGCCCGCGUAGUCCCACCGUGUAGACGAUGUCCCCCCCUCUCUCUGUCUGUCUCCAUUCGUCGUUAUAAAUAUUAUGGCGUCAUUUGUAAGUUUAAACGUAGUGGAAUCAAGAGACAUUUCAAAAUAAAGAAUGGAAAGAGAUGGGAAAUUAUAGGUCUGAAAGGAGGAUAAUGGGGGGCUAGAAGAAGAAGAAGAAAGUGACAUGAAGCCCCCUCCCCCUUUAAAAGCUACAUCUUUAUUUUUCCGGAGUAACUGAAAGUGACACUUGGGGGUUUUGGUUUUAUGUCUCUUCAAUUUAAAGGUGUUUCUCAUGAUUAUUUCAUGUGUGUUGGAAAUAUUUUGAAGCACAGUUACACGCGCAUGCUCAUUGUGACUCUUUGUCCUGAACGAGGCAUCAGGGUUCGGGCGUGUUCGGCCCGUUUCUAGAGGUUUAUUCUUUUUUUAUUAUUAUUAUUAUUUUAUUUUUUUGGAAGUGUUCCGGGGCAUCAGGAGUUUGUAAAGCGGGACGCUUCAAUGGGAGAUGGAAAAAUAAAACGCAUUUCUGCCUUUUUACUGGAAAAAAAAAAGACUUGUAGCUGGACUGUUCAUCCUUUACGUCUUUUAAAGGUUUCCGCGUGUAAAUAGAGACAAAGCGCAUAUUUAAUCACCCAUGGUGUUAUUCUCUCACUGCCCCUUUGUUCCAAAGGAAGGACUUGGCUUCAUUUCAUGACAAUGUUUUCAUGUCUCUGUUUUUCCGUAUUUGUAUCGCUCAAUUGUAUGAACAACUUACCAUAUUGUUACUGUUGCACAGUAUAAAACGUCUAAAUAAAACAUUUUACACUUAUGCAGAAAAAAAAAA